AUGAACACAGGUUUGAAAUUGGUAACUGGAUUAAGACAAAAGGCAGUAAGACUCUUCCUGUUCAACUUUGCCAUCAAUAACAUCACGCGAAGAGCAGCCGAUCACUGUCCUGCCGACAAAGUCUUAGCCCCAUCAAGGUCCACCUUGACCGAUCUCGAGUACGCCGACUAUGUUGUUAUAUUCGCGAAAAGCAAUACGAAAGUUCAACGUGUUGUUAACCUUGUAUCGAAGCUGUCUGCAGCCUAUGGACCACGUUUACGCCUAGAUAAAUGUGAGCAGAUGUGGAUAUCUUCGAGACCUCGAACGGGAAUUAGGGUGGACGGACAACCGAUAGAACUUGUCGAUGAAUUCUGUUACAUGGGCUGUAUGCUGAAGAACAACGGCAGCUACGAGAAGGAUAUCCAGCAAAGAUGUGCUAAGGCCAUUUCUGUAUUUAACUCCUUAGCGAAUUGCCUGUAG